UGCUAAUCGUUAUUUUCAAAUAAUACUUGAGCUAUAGCUGAAUAACCACACUGGCUUCAGUGUAUAUCGGACGUUGGAUGUUAUAACCUGCGUGUACGAAUGAACUUUUUGUGAUCUUUCGUACUAAAACGUGUUCCACUCGCAAAAAUUUAGCAGUUAUUACUAUCCAGAGUAACCAAUUCAACAGUUCAGUGCACUUCCAAGUUCAACGCUCAGAGAUAAUUACGCGUACGUUUUUGUGUGUGCAUUUGUGUGGUUGUGUUAGUUUGUAAUAUUGUUGAUUCGUGUUAUUAAAUAAGAAAUAAUGUGAAUAAUUUUAGCAGUUCAUUUUAUUACAUAUUUCUGAACAUGCGUGCACGGUGAGUUGCGCAUGAGUGUCAGUGUUUUUUUUAAAGGGGAGUUUCAUCCUCUUUUCUUCAGUUAUGGUAUUACUCUGCUCUGUGUUUGUAUUACAAAGUGAGGGUGUCAAAUAAAAAAGUAUAUUCGAGUAUUAUUACCAAGGUUAUUAUUUAAACCGUUCCACAUUAUGUUAUGCUUAUCAAAUUUUAUAAAAAGUACAAUCAAUCAACAAAUCAAUUCUUCUACCAAAAUUGUAUACAAAAGCAAUCAAUCCCUAAUCCUGAAACGUCAUGCACUUGAGAAUUGAGAAACCCACGAUGAUUAAAAACAGCCUUUUUGUAAGUUCAUAUCUCUUUUCCGUUUCGAGCCAGUGUCAAUCGUAAAUGUUUAUGCUUUCGUAUUUUAAAAUCCCAAAUAGAUCACAAAUACAAAUACACCAAUUGUUUUUCUUCGGCACAACAACAGUUGUCGAUCUAGGCCGUAUUAUACCAUUAGUGGGCUUGGCUUUCAGUGACUCAUUGAUUACCAGCAGACUGAUAGUCAGUCCUGCGUUUCAAGGCACGGUCUAUUCUGGUCUUGAACCCAAGACGAGCAUGUUGUUAAGUCGUACGAGUUGACGACUAUACCACGUCACCGGAAGAAAAUAUCCCAAUAGAAAAACACAAUGAUAAUUUUAAAUGUAGAAUUCAAAUUUUCUUAAGAAGAAACGAACGAUGGUUAGAAUAUUGAAAUUAAUGUUAAAAUUAUAUAUGUUAAAUACAUAAUUCUACAAAGUGGUGAAAUGCAAAAGAGUAAAAAGUGUUAAUUGUAUUGUGUGUGUGCUAAAAUUAGCUACUUGGCAGUGAAAGACUAUUUUCUGUGAAACGUUCUUAAAAACGGCCGUCAAAAUCGUCCUCCAGUGGCAUAUUUCGGGCAAAAGCCCAUUUGAGCAUAUCAACAUAACUGGUCUUUCAGACAUCGAAAGGCCAGGCAGAGGUGUAGACGGAACAACUGAAACCGAUAUGACGGUCCCAGUCCAGCGAAACUCGUUGGCGGUUUUACAACCGCCUAGAUCGCGAUUUAUGAUUACUGAUAUCCUUGCUGGAAGUGGUACAACUCCUCCAUCUAAUACCGGGUCGUCCGAUGUUGUUGAUGGUAUAGAUUUAAUGACAAAUGGCUCAAGUGAACACCUUUCUAUCAACCUUGGGAGUGUGGAAGCAUUGUCUGGCAAUAUCAAUUCGACAGAUAUAUCUCCUAUUCCCGGAAUAAUCAAUGGAAGCACCAAUGGAAGUGAAGGACGCACGCCGAGCCCACCUAAUUGUCCAAGAGAUCUUAGUCUUUGUCUACCCACACAUGGAUCGUCCAGCAUUCUGCACGCCAGUAAUAAUCCUCUUGCAUUGCAUGCCGCUGCAGCUGCAGCAGCAGUAGCUGCUGCUGCCGCGGUAAAUACCGGAAACGAUGACAAAGCUCAACACAAUCAACAACAAAAAUCUCACCAUCCACAUCAUCAUCAUCCACAUCAUCAACAUCACGGACUUACAGCUCAUACACUUGCAAACCAUGGGUUUAUAGGCGAUCAUGAACCGGAGAGUGAUAGCGAUGAUAGCUGCCCAAUGGAUAACUCAAGUGUUUGUAGCAACGGUGGAAAAGAUGAAGAUGGCAACAGCAUCAAAAACGGACUUGGACUUAGCAGUUCCUCAGGGCUGAGUAAAAAGCAACGAAAAGCUCGCACCGCUUUUACUGAUCAUCAAUUGCAAACCCUUGAAAAAAGUUUCGAAAGACAAAAGUAUUUAAGCGUGCAAGAUAGAAUGGAGUUAGCCAAUAAGCUUGGGCUAAGCGAUACUCAAGUUAAAACUUGGUAUCAAAAUCGAAGAACAAAGUGGAAGAGACAAACUGCAGUAGGAUUAGAACUAUUAGCAGAAGCUGGAAAUUAUGCUGCGUUUCAGCGGUUAUAUGGUGGACCUCCUUACAUCGGCGCCUGGCCUUAUCCUACUCCUUCAGGGCCUCCUGGAACGUCACAAAGUGCGGUUGACGCAUACUAUAGACAUGCAGCUGCAGCAGCUGCUCUCCAAAAACCGUUACCUUAUCGUAUGUAUCCAGGUGUACCAACCAUUGGAACAUUGAAUCCUAUUCCGGGCCCAAGCGGCCCAUUCCCUCACCUCUCUGCGUCCAGUUCACUUUCAACGCUGAGCAGUUACUAUCAAGCCAAUUGUGGGCAACAACCAGCAGGAUCAUUGCUACAACAACCUCAUCAAACUCCUAGCGGUGGAUCAAACCAACUUCGCGAUGGUGAAACCAGUGUUGGAGCAGGAAGCCAACAUGAUAUUAGUAAUCUUAACUCACUUACCAGCAUUAGUAAUCAUAGUCUGAACAGCCAGAUAAGGCAUAGUCCUAGCCCGAUGCUCAAUCCCGGUAGUCCACCAGGACAAUCCGAAAGUAAUCCACCUGAUAGUGAUGACGAGGAAGAUAACAUUCAAGUAUGAAGAGUACAUAGUCCAAAUGACAUUAAAAGUCACUUUUGCCUUCCUAAUCCAACAAUUAUCAAUAAUGUUGAAAAGCUAGUCCACUUAACUAGCAAUAGACACAUACAGUGACCGACAAAAUAAAGUUUUUUUUAAUUUGUGUAUAAGUUACAGUUUAAAAAACCUUCCAUUGCGUACAUCAAAAAUAAAAUUAAUAUUUUUUUUAAUUAUAUAAAUUCAGCUUCAAAGAACAUUCAAGAACUACAUGUUUAUUGAAAUCAGUUAUUGAAUUUCUAUUAAAUAAAAUACUCUGAGAACAAAAGACCAUCUAGCAUAAGUUUAAACAAUAAUUUCUAUCUAGUAGUUAAAUGUUUUCUUGGAACUUCAAUUUAUUAGCAGGUUGUACACAGUCUUAUUUUCAUGUCCCAGACAAUCAAUUUGUAAUUGUUUUCUGAUAUCGUAAAGAUAGGGUGUCGAAACUAUGACCUGCGUGCUUUCGAGAGCCUUAUUAAAGACCCGCGAAUAUUUUGUAAAAUAUAACGUGUAUUGUAUUUUAUUUCUAUUGUAGUUUAUUGUUUUAAAUACUUUCAUCAACUGUUUAGUUUUUAUUUCUGAAAACGUAA